AUGAUUAUUCGAUUUUGCGUGGGUUUCGUAUUACCGUUUUCGGUAGGAAGGAACCAUACCACCAUGAGUCUCAGUUUGACUGAUGAUGAAUUAGUCAAUAUGACAACAUCUGAUCUUCGGCUAUUGUUAGACCGAAAUCGUGUCACCGCUGAAGAACACAAAGAACUACGUAAUCGUAGACGUCGUUUACAAAAUAGAAGGUAUGCUCGAAAGUGUGCCAGUAAAAAGCAAUCUGAAGUGGAAAGAUUAACUACGGAAGUACAAGAAGAGGUUGUUGAAAUUCGGGCAUUGAGAAAUCAACUUUCACGAACUAAUCUAGCGACAAAACAAAUCGAGCAUCAGUUAAGACGAAUUAUAGAGUUCAAAGAGAAUUGUCUGCAGGGGGAAGACGAAGACAAAGGCUUCCACCAAUUGAAGACUGUUCGUAUGCUACACCGUAAUGGUCAGUCUGUCGGCCUGGCGUAUAUUGUUAAUCCUGCCUCAUCAUACAGUACUCCUGAAAGUCAUGAAGCCUACUAUCCAACGGAAAAGUAUCAUAAUGAGACGAAAGACAUUUCCACGUCUUCUGGUUAUCAUUCUUCAGCUAUACGAUUCCCGACGCAUAAGUCUGUAUUGGAAGAAGAACGCUUUUCUUCCAUUUCUCCACGUCAACCGUUUACACCUCACUUGACUUCACGUCCAAGUCUUCCUGGUACUACUUCUACUGCUACUGCAUCAAGCGGAUGUGUACGCCUGCCGUGUAAACAACCGUGUCACUUUAGAAAUCACCUUGAAAUGCGUCUCGUGAGACCAGUUGGCGGAGGUUUCACAUCACAUGGAAGAGGAUUAUCAGAGUACUAA